AAUUAACCUUGUUUUAUUUUCAAAUUUUUAUUACUCAACAAAGUUAAGAAUUAUGCCUAAACAAAAAUUUGUAGAUAUCAAGUGGCUAGGCGAUGCGGUACCUUGCUAUUAUGAUAAUAUACCCUCACAGGGAGACAAUAGGAUAUUUUAUAACAUAUUCAUCAAAAAUGGAAUGGAUUUCAGUAUUGGCGAUUUUGCAAUUUUUAAUACAAACAUCGAUGACCCCUUGUCCCAAAAAAUUUGUCAGUUCAAAUGUUUUUUUCAAGAAGGUAACAAGUACAAAGCUGUCGUAGUAGUUUUUGAACGAGCCAGUAAAUUCGAGGAAGAUUUCCGUUCCUUGAAUGUCCAGUAUGAUCAUAGUAAUGAGUGUGUUUUAGAUUCAAGAGAAGAGAAAGUAUUAGAUUUGAAACAUAUUUUGAGAAAAUGCAGAGUUGUUUUUGGAACUAAAGAUGAAACUGUGCAAGACAAAAUAGAUUCUCAUAAUUUCACUAGGAAGAUAUAUUUUCUAUGUAGAUAUGUAUAUACACAGAAUGGGCAACUAAUGCCAUGUUUUAAUGAUCAAAUUAUAAAUGACCUCACAAUUGAAGAAGCAGUAGAAGUGAAAAGAAGAACGCCACUUAAAACUCCCUCCAGAAAAAUCAUGAGUGCCAGUAGAAGUACUGGAGUUAAGAAAAAUUAUUCGGAACCAAUGCAUGAGGAGAGUGCUAGAAGUCAAUCUCCUCAUUUAUCCCAAGUUAGGAGAAAUCUAAACAACUCCUUUAAUGAUUCUCUAUCGCAAGAUGAAAAGAGCUUUGGAAACUAUUCUAUUGUUGAACAAGAUAAUGAAAAUCUAAAAAUAAAAUUGAGGGUCUCCAAUGGUAGAGUUUUAUCGAAAAUUCCCUCAAGUCAACCAGUGGUUUUAUUGAGCAAAAUAGAAACCAAACUUCUUUCAAAAGAAAAUGAUGCUGUUUAUGAAUUAAAAAGUCCAAAUUUUAAAACGUUGCUGAAAAAAUCAGGGAAUGUCGUGAAAACACCUAAUAGAAAAAACAUAAAUUCUAACACACCAGAAAAAGUUUUGGUCAAUUUGGUUGACAAUAUGAAAAUAAAAGAUAAAACUCCUGUCAAAUCGAGUCCUAGGAAACUUCGGAGACUAGAUAGCCCUUUAUACAAUGAAAAUUACAGCGAUACUGACUCUGAUGAUUUUAGUGGAAAGAGAAAAGUGGCUGAAAAUAGAGGAGAAAAUGGUGGACACUGUGAUACUCCUGUUGGAGUUAGGAGAUCAAAAAGGGUUAAAAAAAGUGGCUUUAAUCGAAAUUUUGAAUAUCUUACUGAGGGUUAUAAUAUCCAAAGAAUAAAAAACUCUGCCAGAAAAAGGAAACAAAUAGACUCUCCUAUUCCUGGCAUCACGGAUUUAGAUUCAGACGAUGGGGUCCCUAAAUCUUCAAAUAAAAAUAAAAGAAAGAUCGACGUUAACGCAUCGAGCACUCCUUCAACGAAAUCACAGACACCUUCGGUGAAAACACCUAGCUGCAGAUCAAAAACUCCCAAGACGAUGAAAGGGACCCCACUGAAGUUGAUUCGGAACGGAAUUCUGACCCCAUCUGUGGACCAGAGGCAGAAAGUUGUAGCAAAAUGCGACACUCCUCUUAUACUUGCGAGGAACACACUGCAUGUUUCCUACGUGCCUAAGUUGCUGCCUUGUAGGGAGAAGGAAUAUAGGGAUAUUUAUAGUUUCAUCGAAGGGAAAUUGAGAGAUAAAUGUGGCGGGUGUAUGUACAUUUCGGGAGUGCCCGGUACUGGAAAAACCGCAACCGUAACGGCAGCCAUAGAAAAUAUUACGAAAACUUGGAAAAGCGAGGGAUAUGAAGAGUUCAAGUACGUGUGUAUUAACGGAAUGAAAUUGACAGAGCCGAGGCAGUGUUAUGUUGAGAUUCUCAAGCAACUGACUGGUAAAAGGGUGCCGUGGGAACAGGCCUUAACGAUGCUAGAAAAACAGUUUACAAUAAAGUCCGCUAAGAAAGUUGUGCCUACUGUUCUUCUUAUAGACGAGCUGGAUAUUCUCUGCACCAAGAGGCAGGAUGUCGUUUAUAAUUUGUUAGAUUGGCCGACGAAAACAAACGCUCAGCUUAUCGUAGUAACGAUAGCCAACACCAUGGAUCUUCCGGAAAGAUUACUAAUGAGUAGAGUGACAAGUCGUUUGGGGUUGACAAGAUUGACCUUCCAAGCGUACACCCACAAACAGCUGCAGGAGAUUGUUAUCAACCGUCUUUCGGGAAACGAAAGCUUCAGGGCGGAUGCUGUACAAUUCGUUGCCAGGAAAGUGGCAUCCGUGUCCGGAGAUGCAAGAAGAGCCCUGGACAUUUGUAGACGUUCAGCUGAAAUAGCGGAAUUAGAAGGACCAAAUACUCAAGUUUCUAUGCAACAUGUCAACGCAGCUCUGGAAGCGAUGAUAACGCAGCCCAAAGUUAAGGCUAUUUUACAUUGCAGCAAACUGGAGAAACUGCUCUUGAAGGCCGUUAUUGCAGAGGUGGAGAGGACGGGAUUAGAAGAAACCGUAUUCGAAGAUGUGUGUACCACGUUGAAUUCUCUGGCAACUUUGGAAGGUUUCAAAAUGGUCAGCCUUUCCCUGGUGUCUUCGGCGGUGUAUAAGUUAACUUCUUGUCGUUUGUUGUUAUCCGACCAAAAUUGCAACGGCCUCAACCAAAGAAUUUUAUUGAAUGUUAGUUCGGAUGAUGUGUAUUUCGCGUUGAAGAAAGACUGAUUUUUGUUAUUUUAGGUUUUACUGAUGAUGAAUAUGUUAUGUAUGAGAAUGUGCUAGUAAUUUAUUAUAGAGUUGAUUUCUAAUCGAUAUACUAUUUUUUAUAAGUUUUGAUUGUUACGUAUUAAACAGACGCAUACUUUGA